ACUCUUACCUUCAGCGCAGAGUAGUUGAUGGUAAUGGCCGUCUGCAGUUUCUCAUGAUCAUAAAGGGGAUAUUCAGAAGGUAUGAAAGAUGGAAUCCUGUGCACCCAACAAUAGGUUUGUUUUGGGGCGUGGGGGUUGGCAUUGGCUGUGGCAUUGGAUGGGGUCCUGGGUUUGGUCCUGAGGUUAUUGGCUACGUUGGUGCUGGCUGUGGUAUAGGCUUUAGUGUUGGUGUCACUGUUGCUGGGAUUGGGAUUGGCCUUCCAGUGAAUGGAGUUGAGCAAAUCCCACACAAUGAAACUGUUCAUGCUCCAGCCAGUAUGACUAGCAGUGGGACUUUGAAAUUGGCAAGAUCCAAUGCUCUCUCGAUGAUGCAUACUGUGACCAUUGGCUUGAAACAUUUUGCUCCAUAUAUGUCUUUGUUAACGAAGAAAACUAUUGGGUGCAUUUCAAGCUUACAGUAUAAAGCCUCAUUGCUUCAGCCCAUUGAACCAAACAAGUUGAACAGAAUCCUUUUAAGCCAUGUUAAAUCAACAGUGGAAUCUUUUCAAGGCUUUAGAGAUCAGGGUUGGCCUCCAGGGCAAGGCUGGGAAGAUUAGAUACUCAAAGCGCUCACGUAUACUGCAUGGCCUUCCUUGUAUCCGCUAUUUUGUUUUUUUGUGGAUCUUUCAGAGGAGCAUAUGAAUCUGCAAUGAAGUAAUAGCACUCCACAAUGCUUUUUAAGAAUUAUCAUCGACAGUUUUUCUCUGGUCAACAUUGUAUAUAUAUUCUAGGGACAAUUUACAUACAUAGCACCCGAAACAUUGCUAUUUACAAAUCUAGCAUCAUCCUUCAUCCACUUUUCAAAU